UGUGUUAUUAUGCUAGCGUUGUGUCAUCAGUUAUCAACACAUCAGGAAUAAGGUGGAAACUGCAAAUGUCUGGGAAAAUAAGGGUACCAGACUUGUGCUAAUAUUCAUUUCGGUGUUAGUUUAAGACAAGUAGGUAAUAUUGUCUUUGUGAAGAGGCUGUUAUUAAGGUAACUUAACACGAUAGCAGGACUUGCAAAAGGACUCAAACUGCUAGCUAACGUUACGUUGAUCUUCUACAACUGGACUGUUAGCAAGCGGGCUAACUGGUUGAUUCCCUACUUCGGUCCUGACGGGACGGGAGAGAGAUGUCCUGCAGUUUAUUGGAGUUUUGUCGGCUCCAAGAGCUCAAGACGGUCAGGGACUACUUGUUCCAGAACCAGAAAACCGAGCCAUUGGAGGAGAAGAAUCAAACAGAAAAUGAACUGUCGUGGGAGGCCUCUGACUGGGAGUCAGCAUGGGAUAGUGGCGAAAACAAAGAGGAGGAAGCCACUUCUGCCACAAAGGUUGAGGAGGAGGAGACUACAGGGCAGAGGGAACCCUGGCUGCAGGACUGUGUAGUGUCCCUGUCGCCAUGCUCUGACCUAUUAGUUGUGGCCCGCCAACAGAAGGCUGUCUUUCUCUCAGCUAAGUGGCGUACAGAUGACAGCGGCAGAGAGGAGAUGACCCUGGCUGUGUCUUGGACCGGAACCCUCAGUACUGACGAAGGAGAGUGCGUGAGCAGCUCUAUCUGUAUACCACUGGCAAGCCAGAAGAGGAGCUCCACAGGGCGGCCCGAUUGGACAUGUGUAGUAGUGGGUUUCACUUCUGGCUAUGUCCGCUUCUACACAGAGAACGGGGUUCUCCUCCUGGCCCAGCUCCUACAUGAGGACCCUGUAUUGAGGCUCAAAUGUCGCACAUAUGAGAUCCCUCGUCAUCCUGGAGUAACCGAGCAGCAUGAAGAGUUAAGUAUCCUCUACCCUGCUGCUCUGGUCACUAUCGAUGGCUUCAGCCUCUUUCAAUCUCUGCGUGCCUGCAGGAACCAGGUGGCAAGAGCGGCAGCAGCAGGUAGCGAUGUGAUCCAGCCUCCUCCCCUGGCCUAUAAGAAGUGGGGUCUGCACGACAUGGAUACCAUUGUUGACCACUGUAGUGUGGGCAUUAUGACGCUGUGUGUGUUUGACCAGAUGAAAAAUGCAUCUGUCCUGGGGGGCUUUAAUGCUUCAGUUAAGGGCAACCCCCCUGCCAUGAGUCAGUAUGUCACUGUGGGAGGUGGGCCAUACACAGGCUUCUACUAUGCUGUAGAGGGUAGCACCCAGCCUCUCCUCUCUCACGUGGCUAUGGCUGUGGCCAGUAAACUCACCUCAGCCCUCUUCAGUGCCGCCAGUGGAUGGUUAGGUUGGAACAAGCACAAGAAUGAAGAAGAGGCUGUUCAGAAACAGAAGCCCAAGGUGGAGCCUGCAACGCCCUUGACCAUCAGAUACGGUCUCCCAGACUCUCGCCGCCACGGCGAGUCCAUCUGUCUGUCUCCCUGCAACACAUUGGCUGGAGUGACGGAUGACUUUGGUCGAGUCACACUGCUGGACUUGGCCAGGGGCAUUGCCAUCCGCAUGUGGAAAGGCUAUCGAGAUGCACAACUGGGCUGGCUGCAGGUUCCGGAGGAGCGAGUUGAUCGGGAGUUCUCCCCCUCUGCCCCCCUUCCAAGACGCCAUGCUUUGUUCCUGGUGAUCUACGCACCCCGCAGGGGAAUCCUGGAGGUGUGGGGGAUGCAGCAGGGUCCUCGAGUUGGAGCCUUCACUGUGGGCAAACACUGCAGGUUGCUGUAUGCUGGCUACCGUCUGAUGGGGGUGAACAGUGUGACCAGUAAGGGCUGGCAGCUCCACACCCAGCAGGUGUGUCUGCUGGAUCCCAUCACAGGAGCAUUGAGGACAGUGAACAUCCCCUUCCACCUGGCCCUCAGUGACAAGAAGAGCGAGCGAGCCAAAGAUUUGCACCUGUUAAAGAGACUGACUACUUUACUAAGAAGCAGAGGGGUGGAGCCUGAUAUUUUGGAGAGCGAAGCUAAAAGUGCGCUGCUAGAUAUUAAACACCCCGCCAUUAAGAAGCAGGCUUUGGAGUCGCUGCUGUCAAAUAAGAAUGCUCCAGUCUCAUGUCUUACUAACAUUACAUGCGCCCUACAUGACAUUCUGAAGCAACAAGACCCUGAGGCAGUGGAUAUAGAAUUACUGCAGCUCUGCUCUUCACAGCUGAAACUGCUUCAGCUCUACACUGACAUCCAGCACCUGCACUCCGCUGCAGACAUAGAGGCCUGCUCUAAAAAUCAGGACUCCCUCGAAGGCAUAGAGGAUGAAUUGUCUCGUGUUGGGCCUACCUUGCAACGCUACGCCCAACUCACUUCGAGACCCAGCGUUUCCUUCGCCCAGGACUCCCCUGACUCUCCCCUGCCUGUCCAAGCCUUUCUCUCUCAGAUAGAGUGCGCCGAGGACGGGGAGUUGAGGGUAAUCCGCGCCUCUGAAACUGAAUGGAAUCAGCUAGGGAACUUUAUGUUCUGGGGUUGUCUGUGUGGAAAGAGCCCACUCCAUAAAGUCUGUGACACCCUUCAGCAGGCUGGCAUCAGUCCACAGCAGCUACUGUCUCUUUUGCUAAGUGUGUGGAUGCAAAGAGAGAAAGGGGUGCUACAGAAAACAGAAGAAACUGUUAGAAAUCUACACACACUACUCAUCGCCCUCAGCAACAUGCCAGGUGCAGUUGAGGAAUCUUGGGACUCCCAGUCUAUCUCUCCCUGGUGGCAGCAAGUUCGUUCUACAUGCACCCAGUCCCACAAUGCUGCCGCUGCUCUGCUGGCAGCCUUCGUUGCUCACCGUGCUGCUAAGACUAGCAUCACAAGCCGAGCUGACAGCAAGCUGCAGUCUGAGUGGGAGGCGGUGUCCCUAGACCUGGAGCAGUGGAGUGUGUGUGUUCGCCAGCUAGAGGAUGUGCUGGUGCUGCAGACUUUGCUGUUGGUACCUCCUCCUCAGGGAGCAGCAGGAGGCGCUGCAGCACAGUGCUCCAUCAAAACGCUGCUGGAGGGAGGCACAGGUGGCAUUGCCGACAGUGUCUCCAAGUGGGUGUUCAGGCACAACUUGGCUCCUGAGCGACUGAAGGAAAUUCUCCAAAAGAUGGAAGACAAAGAGGCAGAUGAAAAACUAGAGCAGAAAGCUGGAAAAGAAGGGAAGGAACAGGAUGAGAAGAGCCAAGAGGACACAGACACGAUAGCAGAGCUGUUGAUGGCAGUGUGCCAGCGGUUCCCACACUCCCUCUCACCUGACUUGCUCUUUGCCCACUGCUGCUGGGAAUAUGUGGUGCAGUGGAACAAAGACUCAGAGGAGGGCCGAUACUUAUGGUGGGCUGUGGAACAUUUGAAGCUAGUCUCCAGUCCACAUAUCCAACUAGGUAUUUCUGCAAUGAUGUGGAGUACGUUCAUUGUCAAGCGUUUGUCAGCAGCAGCCUACCUCAUGGAGAAGGUGGGGAAAGCACCGAAAGAUCGCUUAUGUCGAAGGGAUAUUGGGAUGGGAGACAAAGCUGUGACGUCUUUCCUGGGCUGCUGUGUCCGGUUGCUGCAGAUCCUCAUGGAGGCGGACUCGGCGGUGGAGGAGGUUUCCGCUCCGGAGCUGUCCGUGGAGGAGGUGUGGUGCGGGGCGGAGGGCCCUGCCUCACUGCCUGAACUUGCCCUGGAGCAGAGGGGCGUCCACUACCCCCUGGUGCAGCACCACUGCCUGUUAGCCUCCCUGCAGCAUGCUGCUAUGACAUUCAGCUUGAAGCUCAAACCACUCAGCUUGUUUGACAGCAAGGGUAAGAAUGCUUUCUUCAGAGAUCUGACGACCAUCCAGUUGAUGCCCAGUGGAGACAUGGACCCAGGCCUGGUCUCGACACGACAAGAGUUCCUCCUCCGGGUGCUGACCAGCUGGGUGCAGGCUAUAGAUGAUCCUUCCAGCUCAGCCUCUGGCACCAGGCCCCCCCCUCUACCCUCUAGUGGACCCAAAGCUGACUGGUGGCCCUCGCUGUGUCUGGAGCUGGGCUCCCUGCUGCAGGUCAACCCCGACAUCCUGAGACGGCACCUCGUCUGCGAGCUCUACAACCAAGGCCUGGACCUCCGGGCUGAAGAGGUGAUGUUAGAGGUGGAAGAUAAGGAUGUGCUGGGCUCCCAGCUGCUGGUGCUGACUGGCCAGAGACUGAGUUACUUACUGCUCCACAGCCAGAGCCAGACGCAGGGAGCCAUGGAGCUGCUGGCCCGCCUGCCCCCCACACUCUGCACAUGGCUCAAGGCUAUGGACCCCAGUGAGCUGCGGUGCCCCCUGGUCCCCCUGCCCCAAACCAGCAGGCUGGUCGGUCGUCUGAUUGAAAUCCUGCCGGAGAACCACGCCCAGUACAGCCUGGGUCUGCACCUUCUGGAGGCGGUGGAGGCCCUCACCACUGAGGACUGACCCUGAGAGGGUGAGAGGGGUGGAGUCACCUCUGAAGGCAUGGCUGUAGUAGGCAGACGGAGAGAGAAGGAAGGAAACAAAAGAAGAAAGUUCUGCUGGAGACUUAAACCACUUCAGGAUUUGAAUUGUGGUGUCCAGAAGUGUAUUCACAUGCAGCGUAUGACAAGACAGUCAACAAAGAGAAAGAUGAUAAAUGGCCUUUUCACACUCUUUCGUCAUUGUCAUGGAGAUUUCGUAUUUUGUCAUUCAACAGAUGUUAAUAUAAUAUAAUACUAUAAAGUCCUCACAACUUAAUUGUAGAAAGCAGUGAUAUACAAAGUGGAUAUGAUAGGCUUUUAAAUUUUUAAUCCAUAUUUUCGUGCAUGUAACAUAAAUAAUGUUGAGUACUUGUGUUACUGAAGUAUUGUCUGGAGGAUAGGUUUAUGAGAUGGUUAUUAAGGAUUGGGGCAUGUUUUUUCUUUGUCACUCCACCUUCAUUUUCAAUCUGAUUAACCCUAAAAUUCAGAUGUCACUGUGUUGGUGUCCUAACAGUGUGCCAUAUCAGAGUUCGGUUUGACAUUUCACCUUCCUCUUUCCCUCUAAUAGACAAGACGUAUCAUUAAGAAAUAUGGACCUUAUUUUUUAUUUAUAAAUGCAGACAGUACUGUACUAGCUGUGCCUGUACACCUCCUAUUAUAUAGUCCGCCCAGCUGCUCCCACUGGGCUGACCCUUCGCAGAAUAAAGAGGUUUCUCAAAAGCG